AUGGUAAAAAUGCAUUCCACCGGACAAGGUCGCUCAGCAAGCGUUAAACCAUAUGCAACUAGGUUCCCGUCAUACAUUUCUGCAUCUGUUGAUCAGGUCAAGGCAGACGUUAUCCAGAUGGGAAACAAGGGAAUACCGGCACCUGUAAUAGGAUGUAGGCUCAGAGACAUGUAUGGGAUCGGAAAGGCAAAGGACGUGCUCGGCGAGGACAUUUGCAAGUUUCUGCAGAACAACGGAACAACUCCAAGGAUUCCGUUUGAUCUCGAAUCACUUGUGAAGCGAGUGAAUGAGCUUAAGACUCAUCUGAAUAUGUUCAAGAAGGAUAACUGUGCAAAGCAUCAUCUUAUUCUUGUGUCAUCAAGGAUGUAUCGACUUGCAAGGUACUACAAGCGUACAAUGAAGAUCCCUGGAAAUUGGAAGCCAAAGCUUGUUGAGCAUCAUAAUAAAUGA